GGUGGAAGAUGUGCGGACCGUGGAGGAGAUGUGUGUGGCCAUCAAGGACAUGCACGUGCGAGGAGCUGGGCUCAUAGGCUGUGCGGCCGCCUAUGGCAUGUAUUUGGCGGUUGCGGGAACCACCGGAGCGGAAUCUGUAGAGGAGGUGAAGGCGCGCUUCGUCUCUGCUGCUGAAAAGUUACUAUUGACGCGGCCCACUGCCGUGAAUCUGCGCGUAGGCGUUGAGAAGCUGCAAGACGUGCUGAAUGGGGAGCUGUCCAAAGCUGAAGGCACCUUUUCGGCGGACGUGAUGGAGGCCUUAGAAGUUGCUGCCCGGCGGGAAGCUGCUCGCAUCACCGACGAGGAUGCCGAGUUUUGCCAGCGAAUUGGUGAAGCUGGGGCAGAGAUUUUGCAAGAGAUUUACCAAAGGAAGAAAACCCGCCAAAGCCCUUCCUCUUGCGUGAAUGUCCUCACGCACUGCAACGCUGGCUGGUUAGCCUUCGCUGAUUGGGGUUCAGCCCUGUCGCCGGUGUAUGCCGCCUUCAAUCAAGGGCUGCCCAUCCACGUUUGGGUGGACGAGACAAGGCCCAGGAAUCAGGGCGCCUCACUGACAGCCUGGGAGCUGGCCAAGCAUGGAGUGAAGCACAGCGUCAUCGCCGAUAACGCUGGUGGUCACCUCAUGAGGACGGGCAUGGUCGACAUGGUCAUCACCGGGGCAGACCGGGUGACACGCAACGGGGAUGCGUGCAACAAGAUUGGCACAUACCUCAAGGCUUUGGCGGCCAAGGAUAAUGACGUUCCGUUUUACGUGGCCCUUCCUUCCAGCACCAUCGACUGGCGGAUGACGGAUGGAGCCGAAAUCCCCAUCGAACAGCGAGGGGAUGAGGAAGUGAAAUAUGCGGAGGGCCUUUGCGAGGACGGCAAACGACGCAAGGUGUUGCUGACCCCUGCAACGAGCGGUGCUGGCAAUUGGGCGUUUGAUGUGACGCCCGCGCGGCUGGUGACUGGCUUAAUCACAGAACGAGGUCUGAGUCAUCCUUCCGAAGAAGGUCUCUUGAAAACCUUCCCGGAGCAGGCAUCGACUGGGCUUUAGCGU